AAGACGUGAACGCUCGAAAUCGAAUUUAAAAAAAUAUAUAUAUACAUAUAUAUAUUAACAAUAACAACAAUAUUGAAAUUGAAAUCACUAAACACAUAAUCUCGGCGCGGCUUUCGAAAGAAACAAAACAAAAAAGAGAGUAAUAAAAAAUAAAUAAUAAAAUUGUGCUUUUUGUAUUAGAAGAUUAAUAUACAAGCUAUAUAGAUGUGCGUGUCAAGAGGUCAGAGCUAAAAGAGCCCGAGCCCGAGCCCGAGUCGAGCGAGCGAGAUCGAGCGAGUGCAGCCCCAUAGAACAAACAUAUGUAUAUAUAACAGUAAAUACAUAUACACAAGUCUUGUAUACAAUAUCCUAAGCGUGUUUUUGUGUUGAAAUUUGAUGCCGCCUACAGCUGAAAAGUGAAAACAAUAAUUUCAAAGAAUUCCCACACACACACACACACACACACAUACGCAUAAGCAUGGAAACUCCCGCACAUAUGUGAACGUCGCACGGAAAAUUCAAAAAUUCUACGUCCCUCUGCCUGUUUUCAUCUGUUUUCAAACUCGCGAGCGUAUCCUGGCGCGCCAGUUGCUCAACAAACUCUGAGCUGUGUUCAAGUGCGAGAGACAACAACAAACAAAAUUGUCAACAUAUAUUUGUAUUUAGUGUUUUGUGUAUUCCUUAGUCUUCCAAUGGCUACAAUGACUAACUUAGUGUACGCCGUGUUUCACAUUGCGACAAUGCAGUGCUCGGUGCGUCCGGAAAUUUCGCCGUGCACUUGCGAAACGGGCAAAGCUUUCAAUCAUGUGGAGCUCACAUGCGAGAAACUUGAAUCAUUCAAUGCCGUCGUCGACACUUUGGCCAAUAGGAUAAACCCCGAAGUUAAUGUGGAUUUGGAAAUAACGUGGUCGCAUUUGGAUGAUCUGGAGAUGAGAAUGUUUCGCGAUUUGAACUUUAAUAUCUACAAGCUGCGCUUGCAAUGGAAUAAGCUAAAAUCGCUGCCCGAGCUGCCAUUUCGCGGGUUAUCGAAUGUAACCUACCUAAGCGUUGGCGACAACGAACUCGACGAGAUUCCGAAGCAUGUGCUGGCGCAUAUGCCAAAGCUGCUAACUGUGGACAUAGGUCGCUGUAAGAUUCAAGCGGUGCAGCAGGACGACUUCAAGGGCAUACAGCUGGUGACGAAUUUGAUAUUGCCGAGCAAUAACAUAACGCGCCUCGAUCCGGGCGCUUUCCCACUGAGCAUGCUCAUACUGCAUUUGGGACGCAAUCAAUUGGAUUCGCUGAACGGUUCGCUUGUGGAGCUGAAGCUGCUGCAGUCGCUCUUCAUCAAUGCCAACAAUAUAAGCAAUUUGGACAAUGAGCUGCCCGAUGGCAGCAAGUUGAGGCUGUUGAUGGCGCACAACAAUCGCCUGGAGCGUUUGCCAGCCAAUAUGGCGGGCAUGCAUGAUCUGGAGACAAUACAUUUGCACUUUAAUCGCUUGCGGGGCUUUGAUCGCGUGUUCCGCAAUGCGCAGUACCUAAACGAGCUGCUGGCCAACAACAAUGAGCUGGAGUAUUUGGCCGAGGAUGAGUUUCAGUCGUGUCGCCAAAUGGAAACAAUUAACUUGGCUGUGAAUCAUAUACGCGCGCUCAACAAUUCGCUGCAUCCGAUGUCGCGUCUCAAAAUCGGCAACUUUAGCUUCAAUGACAUGGAGCAGUUUAGCUUGGGCGAGCUGCAGGGUUUGCGGCUGCUCAAAGUGCUGGACUUGAGCUAUAAUCGCAUUCGUCGCUUGAUUGCCUCACCCAAGCAUAUUAUGGAGCUGCCCUUGAUUGAGCUUAUACUGGAUCACAAUCAGUUAAUAAUGCUGGAUGGCGCUUUGGCGGGUCUGGGCAAUCUGCGCAUACUCAGCUUGGCUGAGAAUCGCAUAGAGCAUUUGCUGCCUGGCGAAUUCGAUGGCAUGAAUAAGCUGGAGCUGCUCGAUUUGACUUCCAAUCAGUUGAUGGAGCUCAAGGAGCUGGAAACGACCAUGCUGCCCAAUCUGAAGAUUCUUAAGGUGGCCUACAAUAAUAUCAGCAAGCUGGAGCACGACUUCUAUGGCCUGCCAGCGCUUUGCCAGGUGAAUCUAACGAACAAUCACAUUAGCGCCAUAAGCAGUGAGCUGGUAACCAAUACACGCUGCAAGAAUCACAAUGUUGCCGGCAAGCUGGAGAUUCAUUUAGAUGACAAUCCCAUUAUGUGCGAUGUGCGCUUGAAUGAGCUUUGCCGCUUGAUGGCGGCGCAGGAUGCGCGCAUACGCGGACGCUCGCAGUGCUUUGAGAAUGAUCAGGAGGUGUGCACGGUGCUGCCCAUGCUCUAUGGCCAAAUUGAUUUUCCGCUGCUUGUGACCAAACUCAAGAUAGGCGAUGUGGAGGAUGCCAAGCCGCUGGUGCAAAUGCUGGUGCCGGCGCCCAUACUCAUCAAAAACAACGAUGAGCUGCUGCCACCCAUCAUAGCCACCUUGGCUGAUCCACAUAAUCCGCUUAUAAUAGCAGCAGUGCCGCCGCGUCAGCUAGCAGCAGCUCUAACAACAACAACAACGCCCAAGCCAGCGCCAGUGCCACUGGAGACAACAACAAGCAGCAGCAGCACAACAACAACAACAACUGCAGCACCAACAACCACAACGGAGCAUGCCACACUCAUGAGCACUACACUGGCACCCACCACAACGACAACGACAACAACAAUUGCGCCCAAUGAUACGCAGCCUGUUAUACUCAACAUAGAGGAGCCACAAUCUGCUGAUCCGCUGCUAGUUAACGAUACGCUUAAGCUGGAGCAGCAGGCUAAGCAGUCACAGCCGGAGCAGCUGCUGCCGCCACCGGCGCCGCCUGUAGUCGAAGAUGCGCCCAUUGCGCCCACAGCUGUCGAACCAGAUCAUGUGGUGGCCAAAACGGAAUACGAAACAGUCGACUAUAUACCCAAUGUGGUGCCCACAAGCAAAACGAAUUUGCUUGAGGAAGAUGCGCAGGAUUCGCAGUCGAAUUCCGUGCACGAGGAAUAUCCCACAGAGCUGCUGGCUCAGAGUUUGCAAAUACCCGAGCAGCCGCCGGAGGAGUGAGCGAAUCCAAUCCCAUAUUUAAACACAAGCUUAUAAUUUUGCAAUUCAAAAUAUUUAAAAAGUGGCGCGCUGGCAGGCGUUGGGAGUUUUUUGGGCGUUAUCGAGAGCGAAAACAACAACGAAAUUUUUUGAUUAUAUGCUUUAAGUUAAUAUUUAAGUUGAUCGAGCAAAUAUUAUGUUUUGUUGACUAUCGAAACAAAAUUAUAACAGGGGGAUAUACUAAUAAUGUAUGGGGGCAGUCUGGGGGAGGGGAUCGCAGCUCAAUUUGUAAUUUCUGUCUGGCCAGUAAACACACACACACACACACACACACUCACACAUAAAUAUAUAUGUAUGUACGUUGAAAAGUUAAAAAGUAGGUACUUAGCAUUAAAAACAAAAACAAAAAUUAUAUAACAAACGAAGAAAAAAAAAUCGCAUUAAUGUUAAACAAAGACACA